GCACGAGCACCGAUUGCAUAACGACAUUCCAUGCCAUCAGGAGCGGAGAGCCCCCUAGGCUAGCGUAUCAGCGCGCACAAGCUCCCUUCCAGCUCCUUGCCACCGGGGUCCUUAUCUUACAGGCGGCGAGGAGGAAGCGGGGAGCGGGAAGCAGGGAGCGGCAAUCGGAGCGCGAUGGGGGCAAUGGGGCGGCACGCGGUGACGCAGGAGGCGUUCGACGGGUUGGUGCGGGAGAACAUGGAGGAGUUCGCCAUGGCGGCGGGCGAGGCCGUGGAGGACGCCGUGCACACCCUCACGAUGCAGGGCGCCGACCUCACAGGCAUCGUGACGGCGUACAGCGCAUCAGGGCAGCGCGAGGAGCACCUGGCCACACUGGCAGCCACGCAGCUGAGGGAGGCGCUGGCAGCGUGGGAAGAGCGGGGGGGGGGGGGGGGCAGUGCUCCUCGCUCUCUCCGCCUUCAAGGGGGCUGUAGACACCGCCGACCAAUCAGAGGGCGACACGUCAGAGGACAGGGCCAAGCAGGAGGGGGAGGAAGGGGAGGCGGAGAAGGAAGGGGGGGAGGAGGGAGGGGAGGGGGGGAGGGGAGGGCGAGGGGGGAGGAGGCCUUGUGUGACGCGCUGAGAUGCAUGGAGGUGAUGCUGACGCAUGUCCCAGGGGCGCGCGACGACUUCUUCCGCCUGUCCGGCCCCUCUCUCCUCGCCUCCGCCCUUGCUGCCUCCUCCUCCUCCUCUAGCCUCCGCUUUUUGACCGCAGCUGCCUGCACUGUACGGGCAGCGUGCACGGAAAACGAGGUCAUCAAGGAGGCACUUAUGGAAGGAGCAGUCCACGUGGCCAUCUUGAACGCCGUUGGCGGAAUCCUCAAGAAAAAGGGCAGUGCUGACGUGGACACGAGCGCAGCUGACGUGGCAGAAGCAGGGAGCGCCAUGUGUGCGUGCUGCGGGGCGCUGAGAUCGCUCGUGACGAAUGACGAUGUGCGCGUGGCGGCGUCCAAGACGUUCACGAAUGCGCGCACCAUGGCGGAGGCCGGCGCAGCGGACGUGCUACUGGGCGCCGCUGCUGCCUUCUCCAACGAUGUCUCCGUGCUGCCCUCCGUGCUCGCUGCUCUCAAGGCCAUCGCUGUCAACGAGGACAUCUGCCGCAGCAUCGCCAGCCAGGCCGGAGUGCCUCUAGUGCUGGGACAGCUGCGGGUGGCCCUCGCCUUGCACUGCUCCUCGCUUGCUGCGCCCUCUGCCUCCCUGCUGGCGCAGCUGGCAGGCAGUGACGCCAACAAGGCGCUCAUUGUGGAGGCAGGUGGCAUGCCGCUGUUGGUGGACGCCAUGAAGGCGUUCCUCCACCAUGGGGCUGUGCUUCAAGAGCUCCUCGCGUGCAUGGCAGCCCUCACUCUGCGCAACCCCGCACAUGCGGCGGCAGCCGUGGCGGCGGGGGUGUUGGACGCAGCGGUGGACGCCAUGGAGGGGCGCGGCGCCACGGCGGGCAGCCAGUGGCAGGCGUGCCAGGUGCUGCGCAACCUCGCAGUGCGCAACCCCGAGCACAGGCCAAUGAUGGUGGAGAUGGGGUUGGAGGCGCUCAUUCGCAAGGUCAAGGCAAAGCACCGGUCGUGCCGCGACGUGUGCUCUGCUGCGCUGAGAGACAUGGGCCUCGAUAACUACAACCAGUGAUGCGCUGUGCUGCUCGUACAGCACUACCAGUUGUAGACCCAAGUGGCCUGCUGCACCAAGAAACACUCGUACCAAUGUAGUCGACACUCCUCCUGCGAAUGCCUCCAGAAAUGACGUUCUGAUCGCUGCCCAUGGCAACCGGCAAGCAAGCGCCCACGCGACACUGGUGGCGAGACUGUGAGAGGGUAAGGGACGGGAACUUGAGUCGGCGCGGAGAGAGAGACGUCGUACCGCAGAUGCUUUCGAUUGCGAGCCUCCGGAUUCUAAAGAAGCUGCCUGGAUUCAAUCGGAGAGUGGGUGCCUUGUUUGAGAACAGAUCUCAGGAGGAACAUGGCAAUGACAGCACCUAGAGACCAGGGAAACACAGGCAUGUGAAAUGAUGGAGUGUUGUGGACAGGUGCAUAGCGGGGCAGAGAUGGGUUCAGGGGCCACGCGGCAUGCCAAGACAUCCAGCAUGUAGCAUGUUGCAGCCUGACGAGUGGCUAGGGACGUGCAACCAUGACAACGGCGUAGGCUCGGUACGGGGACCAUGCAUGUGCCUAGCUGGAAUUUGAAACAGAGCCU